AUGGGCGCCUGCAGCUCCAAGUCGGUCAACGACACCAUCACCGAGCCGGUGAAGCCGGAGCAGAUCGACACUCCCGUAGACGCCACCAUCGUCGACGCCACGCCCGACAUCGCUCCCACCGAGACGCCCGCCGACGCGGCGCCCUCUGAUUACGCAAAGCCCGAGGCGGAGGUGGCGGUGGCUGAGGAGCCCGCGGCGGUGGCUGAGGAGCCGAUCGCUGAGGAGGCACCUGCCGCGGCAAUUCAGGAUGUGCCGCCGCCCGAGCCGACCAAGUCGGCCUCCCUUGUGGACAAGCUUGUCGGCUAUCUCUCUGGCCAAAAGUCUGAGCCUGCUAAGCUGUCCAAGGCCUUCUCUAACAUCCUGCCCGCUGCGCCGAAGUGCAUGCCCUCCCGCCCCGAGCUUAACGAGGAGCCGACCGACGCCCCGGCAACGGCCGCGCCCGCGUGA